AUGGAUUCUGGUCCGUCGCGGACACCGUUUCUGUGGUCGGACACCGGCACCUGUACCUCUGCCUCAGAGCAGUGGAGGUCGGCGGCGCUCCUGCAGCCGUCACUUCGAGAGAGAAAGGCUGUAGAGGAGGAACUGGAGAAGGUGUAUAAAGAGGGACGUGCGGAGCCAGAGUUCAGAAAGAUAGAGGCUCUUCACCAUAGGUGUCUGGAGGCCGAGAGAAGGAGAGAAGACAUUAAUCUCACUCUACAAAGCACUCUGAGCAAACUGAAGAAGAUGGAAACGGACUACAGUGAGGAACUGUCCCGGUGCCAAGAGGAAGUACGACGUCUGCAGAACACUUUGACUAUAGCCAGGGAGGAGUGCGUAAGCAUCAGUGAGGAGCGCCUUAAGCUGCAGCAGGAAAACACUCAACUCCGUAAAGACAUGGAUGAUUUAAGAAAAUCAAACUUGAUUGAUCAAAAGAAAGCCAAGCAACGGAUGUCACAAAUGGAACAGGAGUAUUGCUUGAAAGAGCGAGAACUGGAUGCUCAGAUUCGUGAGUUGGAAGAAACAGGCAAAAGAAAUAGUGCUGAUCUAACCCGGCUUCUCACAGCAGAGCAAAAAACUACUCAGUGCUGGAAAGAAGAGGCCAAAAAGCUGAUCCAGGACUUUGAGACUAAAAUAAUGAGCCACAAGUCAGAGUUGAAUCGUCAGAAGCAGCGUUCACAUGAGCUUGAAUUGCAGCUUGAAACUGAUCGUGCCACUAUUGCAGAGUAUGAACGACAGCUAGCAGAGUAUCAGGAGAUGUCCAGCCGUCUUCAGCUACGCCUCACACAGGCUGAACAAAAAGCAACUACAGCUACACAUCAGCUGAAUAUGAUUGCAUCACGACAGAGGAAAAGACCCAUGGGCGACACAGAGACGAUAUGACGAUACGACAACUCCACCUCAAAUAGCUUUUUUUUUUUUUUUUUUUUAAAUGUAAUACUAAUUGCAUUUGUAUGUGUAUGUUACAUUUGGGAGAUGAUAGGUGAUAGUCUAAUGUUUACAGAAUACAUAUUUGUAAUUAAAAAAAGAAAAAGAAAAAAGAAAAGAGAAAGAAAAAAGAAUAGUUAAAGAAGAAAGAAAUAAAGAAAGAAAGGGGCUUUGUUCUUCUUCAAAGCAGACGGCACGGCAACCAUGGAUCUGGGGAUUUAAAAAGCUCUGAUUUGCCUUUAAUCUUCUUUAUAGAAUGAAGUCUUUGUUCUUUGUUUAAAAGCCAUAGUUUUAAAUACAUUUACGGCUGAUGUAAACACUUUAUUUGACUAACCCAAUUUAGUAUAUUUUCCAUAAUAUAAUCUCUAAUUGAUUAGCUUUAUCAGCUAGCUUAAAGCUAGUUUUGUGAGCUUAUGUUUGGUAACCACAGCUGACAGUCAGAGCGGCA